AUGGGCAUGAGCCAUGACCGCUCUCCCUCCCCGGACCCAGAGCCCGUCCUCCUCAAGCGUCUCAAGAUCUCCCAUUCCUCCUCGUCUUCUGACGUUUCAGAGCACUUUUCACCGGGCCUCUUCGCCCCUGCCAACAUCUAUCGUCUCCACAACGAGUACGUCUCCAGCGUCCCUUUCAAGCAUGUCCUCGUAGAGAAGCUCUUCCAGGAAGAGCUUCUCAAGGGUGUCAAGCAGACUGGCGAUCUCGCAUCCCUCUCCUUCCUCUCCGACGCACAGAUCGCGCUCCUCCCUCACCUUCUCACGCUCCGCGACGCCCUCUACUCUGCCCAGUUCCGCAACUUCCUCCGCGCAGUCACCGGCUGUGGGCCCCUCUCCGGCACCAAGCAGGACAUGUCCGUCGUCUCCUACAGCAAGUCCUGCCACCUGCUCACCCACGACGACGUCAUCGGCACCCGUCGCGUCUCCUACAUCCUCUACAUGCCCCUCCCCAACUACCGCGGCUGGGAGAGUGACUGGGGCGGCGCCCUCGAACUCUACCCCACCAAGCUCGGUCCAGAGGGCAUCCCCGAGCCAGAGCCUAUCCCCGCCAAGAGUAUACCCCCCUCAUGGAACCAGUUCAUAUUCUUCGAGGUCCAGCCGGGCAAGAGCUUCCACUCCGUCGAGGAGGUCGUCGUCGGCGAGGCAGAGGACGGUCGCCAGCGCCUCAGCAUUAGCGGCUGGUUCCACUCGGCACAGCCAGGGGAGGAAGGCUACCAGCCAGAGAGCGCGCCGGCAGUGAAGAGCUCGCGCGAGCAGCUGACCUCCACGUCCACCGAAUUUUCCACAUACCCGGCCGCGGUGCCCGCGCCACUCCCGGACGACGCGCUCUCGGCGGCGGACGCUUCUUUUCUCUCAGAGUUUCUCAACCCCGUGUACCUCCAGGCGCGCACGAUGAAGGCGCUCGCCUCGCGCUUCAUCGACGAGUCCAGCCUCGAGCUGCACUCCUUCCUCUGCGCCCCGCUCGCCGAGAAGCUCGAGCACGGCCUGAGCGAGCGCGACGCGCAGGACGGGCUUGGGCCGGGCCGCGCGACGCGCAUCCCCCCGCACGUCGCGGGCACCGACGGCGCGUGGACAGCGCGCGGCCCGCCGCACAAGUGGCGGUACUGCGUGCAGCGCCCGGAGGACCCGAGCGCGCCGCGCAUGGCCCGCGCGACGGACCCGCGCUGGCUCGGGCAGUCGACCGACGAGAUCGUGCACGAGCUCGAGACGCGCCUGUUCCCCAGCGCGCCGUUUCGCGCGUGGCUCGCCGCAGUCUCGCGCCUGCUCCCGCUGCGCUACGCGGUUGAGGCUCGCCGCUUCAGGCCCGGUCUUGACUACACGCUGGCGACGAGCGAGGCGAAGGACACCCGCCUCGACGUCGUCCUCGGCCUGACGCCGCAGACAUCUGGCCGGGAGAACAAGGAUGUCGAUGCCGCUGUCGACCGCGGCACACCGGCAGAGGAUGCCCCGUGUGCGUGGCAGACGGGCGAGUGGGGCGGCUGGGAGUGUUACAUGGCUCCCCACGACGAAGAGGACGACCCUGCCGUGUAUCGGACUUCCACGAAACACUUGCGAUCCACUGAGGCCGACGGCCCUGGCGGCGCGGACGAGAAUAGCAACGAAGGUGCGAAGCGUUCGCGCGAGAGUGCGGACAGGAUGUCCGACGGCAGCUCGGCACAUGAGGAGGCGGAGGAUGAGGAAGAGGACACCGGCACGCUGCUGACGGUGCAGGCGAGCUUCAACAGACUGCUGCUCGUCCUGCGCGACGAGGGCGUGAUGCACUUCGUGAAGUACGUGUCGGCGGCGGCGCAGGGCUCGCGCUGGGACGUGUGCGGCGAGUACGAGAUCGGAGUUGUGGAGGAGGAGGAGUGA